AUGCUGACUUUUCUGAGCACAGAACGAACGUCGCACAGAACUCAGACGCAGCAGAACUUUCAAGCAGAAAAGUUACUUGAGACACUCCUACUUCAUCAGAAAGUAGACUCAACUCAGAUCAUGGUUGUUCACGUAGAGCUCGCUCGCCUCCUCGAGGUUGAAAAAGCUCUCGAAGAACAGCUCCAGGUCAACGCUGUACAGAAGCAGAGACUGACGGAGCUGGAACUGACACUUCAAGUGCGAGACCAAAAAAUUAUUGAGCAAAACGACUUCCUAGAACAAAGAGACACCCUGAUAGAAUUUGGGACCAAAUUCAUUAAGAAUAGGGAGAAGAUGAUGAAGAACGAAGCUCUAAAGAUCCGAAACGGGGUCAAUCUCUAUGUGGGAAACCUCCAGGAGAAACAUAUAAAUCUCCAGAAUCACUGUGUGGACCUGGAGGAAACCGUAGCCUCUCUGCAACAACAACUGAAGCAAAAAGACCAAUCGCUUAUGGAUGUUGAUUUUGAAAGCAUGAUGCUCAGGACAGAACUUGCAAAAUUGAAAUAUGAACUGAAGCAGCAGAGAAUGACAGCUGAUCAAAUAGUUCAAGAACGAGAUGAUCUCCAGCUCAAAGUUAAUGAGCUUAAGGAGUUCUUAGAGCAAAGAGACACCCUGAUCGACUACGGAAAGGAAUUCAUUAAGAAAAGGGAGAAAGAGAUAAAGCUUGUGGCUCGAGAAUUCCAAAACCAGAUCGAUGAUUAUGAGGAAAAAGUCCUUGAGAAACAAUUUCAUCUGGAGAAUUAUUGUAUGGACCUGUAG